AGGUGCCAAAAUUAAAAUCUGGUGAUCACAAUAGCACCAUAUCUACUGGUACUAUGCUCGCAGAUAUAGGAGCUGGUUUGGCGAUUGUUCCGAUGAUUGCAUUUUUAACAAGCAUCGCUAUUGCGCAGUCGUUUUCAAGAAAGAAUAAGUAUCAAGUUGACCCAAGUCAAGAAUUGAUUGCGUUAGGAGUUGCUAAUGUGGCUAACUCCUUUGUUUCUGGUUUCCCCAUUGCUGGCUGUUUUUCAAGAACAACAGUAAAUUCACUGAGUGGAGUUGCAACACCCUUUGGAGGUAAGAUGUUUUUAAAAUAUAUUGUACAAACUAUGCGAAACCAAUAAUCUCCCUGUUCGGCAUUGACAAUAACACAGAUAUCCAUCGAGAGAAAAAAACAAAAAUUACGGAAAUUUUAGACAAGCACAGCACUGCUUUGGCUACAGUAUUAUCCUAAUUCUUGAUCUUUAGGCUAUCACAAUAGUCAAUACACCCACUAAUGCCUUCACGUAUUGCUUUGCAUCAGUUCCAGGGUGAAAUAAUUUAGUUUUAGUGUUAUUAGCUUUCGUACGUCAUGAUACGAGGAGUUCAACAACAAAGCAAGCUCCAAUCAAGGUUUAACUCAAUAUAACAGUGCUACGCCACUGUUAUUGUUUUUAAGCCAAUUACAGGGGUUGAAAUUUAAAAAAAUUUUACUCCCCUAAGUCGUUACCAGUGAAUAAGAUCUGGUUGAGCCAAAUUUAAUACCAUGUCGCCCUAAAUCAAUGUGUUAUGAAGUAUUAUUAUAAAAUAACAUGUAUAUAACGCGUAUUCUGAUUGGUCGAAAGCCGUGUUUGGAUCAGGCCAUCCAAACACGGAAGACUACCGUGUUGUUGUUAGUUUAUAAAACAAUUACUUUAUGGUUUCCGUGUUUGGAUGGACUGAUCCAAACACUUGGGAAUGUUGCUCGAGUUAAGAAAAGCGGGCAAAAUCACUCGCCUUCGGCUCGUGCAUUUCGCUCGCUUUUCUUAACUCUCGCAACAUUCCCGCGUGUUUGGAUCAGGCCAUCCAAACACGGAAACCAUAAAGUAAUUGUAUAUUUUUGUACAGUAUAUUAUAACAUAAGAAACAGUUGUUUAAUGAGUUGAGAAUUUAUAUGCAAAAGUACAAUGAAAUAAACGUAUGAUCACUGAGAUAUUUUAGGGUACUGUACGAGGUACUGCAUACUUCAUGUAUUUUGCUUUUGCUGGUACUAUAUGACCAGCAAACUUUCCAAGGUAUUCCAAAUCGUGAUUUGUCUGGCAUGAAGCAUAAUUGGACUGAUUGUAUGAGAUCAGACCAAGGUGGAAAGGAAUGUUGGAGUGAUUGUACGUGUUUAUGUGUAUGCAAUUGUACUACUUCUUGUCCUAACUCGUAGUUUUCGAAAGCUCUGCUUAAUGUAUUUUAUUUUAAAGACUAAGUACACCUUGUGUACCAGCUCAAGUACCCCGCAAUAAUCAUUGAAAUACCAUUGAGGUACAUCAUCUAAAUAUCAUUAAUUAUCGUACCCUAAAAGUAAAAGCAUGACAAUUUCACUGAGCACUAAUGUACAGUACAAUUAAGAGAGGUCUGUAACAAAACUAGACUGAGACAAAGGCAUAAUUGCAUUCCAUACAAUAUAUACUGUACAGUGUAUAUAAGUAUGCAUGGGUCAUCAACUAUUCAAUCGAGUGAGAUGCAAACAAAAUAUUAACUUGCAAAAGCAUUCUACCCAAUACACAUAGGGAGUUUCUGCGAAGGGUUUCAAUCCACGUUCAUUCGUACUUGCUAACUGGAUAGAGAGUAAUCCAUAUGACCAAUCUGCAUGCUCAAAACACAAAAGCAAGUACAGUAUACAUAUUGAAGUAUUGAUGUUUUACUUCAAGGUGUGGUCACAAGUUGUGUGGUUCUACUCGCUCUCAGCAUUCUCACACCGUUUUUCCAAUAUAUCCCCAGACCCACCCUAGCUGCAGUGGUUAUUGUUGCUGUUUUGCGGACGGUAAAUAUUCGAAUUAUUAAGAAGAUAUGGCGAAUUAGGAAAAUCGAUGUUGUUCCUUUGGUCGUGACCUUCUUUGCUUGUCUGUAUGAAAUUGCAGUUGGAAUUGCAUGCGGAAUUGCCAUAGCAUUAAUGAUCCUCCUGUACCGUCAUUUUUUACCCAGAGUUGAUUUUCAAAAGGGCGAGAUGUGCUAUAUUAAACUAGACGGGGGUUUGAGUUACAUGGGAGUGCAAUAUGUUAUCACCAAAGUCAGGGAAGUUGCCAUACUCCAUGUUUCCAAACCUGAAACCGUUAUAAUUGACUGUACAUCGAUGUUUGAAUGUGAUUUUACUGUCAGCCAAGGCUUCUUACAAAUCGUUCAAGAUUGUGAACAUGGCGAGAUCAAUGUGAUACUCUUCAAUGUCCGAAACAAUGUUAAGAAGAUGUUAAUUAAUGAUGGAUUAUCACAUGAGUUGUUUAGGAACGAUAUUGAUAGUAUUGAUGGUGAAUUUUCGGGUUUGUUGACUAACGAUAAGGAAAGGAAUGGGAAAACAUUGCCCGAUAAAUCUGACCCAUCUGUGAACAAUGUUAACACAUAGUUAUACAGUCGAACCUGUUUAAUACAGACUUCGAAGGAACAGAGAAUUAAAGAAAAUUGUUCGUUUUCAUCCAUAAGUCGUUUUCAUUUCCAGCAAAAUCCGAUAGUGUCUAAAGUUAUUGAUUUUGCAAGUAGUUAGGUAUCAUAGAAUCUUGAGGGUUACCUUUCCCAUGCGAAAGAAUCAUGAUAUUAGAAUUCCUAUAGGAAUUCAUAUUAGAUUGUGACCCAAACACAGUUACGCUACGUCAUAGACCCUACCUCGAUUCGUAGAAUACGCGAGGAAUCGAGCUAGAGUCUAUGACGUAUAUAGGCUAAAAUCCAGUGGAAAUUCUUAUAGAAUCUUUAUAAUUAUAGAGCAAUAAAUUUCCAAUAGGAUUUGCUAUUAGAAUUUCUAUAGGAAAUUUAUUCUUAUUAAGAUUUUGAAUCAUGCAGAAUUUUCAUGUAGAAGGGUAAUUCUGAAGGUUUUCUGAUAUUUAAGUUUCAAAAGCUCCAGGUUAAGGAUUUUUUUCUGAAGUUGGGUAUAAAUCAGUAGUUCAACAAUUAAAACGUAUAGUCUGUAUUGACGUACUACCACAUUGUGUAUAUUGAAAAAAGAUGUUUGCGUAACUGUAAACGUGAUAUUGCAUAUAACAUCUAUAUCUAUAAUAAAGAGUUAAAUUUAUAUGUAUUUGCC